AUGGACGACUUCCAGGUGUUGGAGCUAAUCGGCCGCGGGUCGUUUGGCUGUGUGCGCAAGGUGAGACGCAGAAGCGACGGCAAGGUGUUUGUUCGCAAGGAGAUCUCGUAUGGGGCCAUGAACAACAAGGAGAAGCACCAGCUAAGCACCGAGUUUCGCAUCCUCCGAGAGCUCAGACACCCCAACAUUGUGCAGUACUUGCACCACGACCACGUCCAGAACGAGCAUCAGGUGCAUCUGUACAUGGAGUACUGCGACGGGGGCGACUUAUCGGUGCUGAUUAAAAAGUACAAGGACAGAAACGAGUUUGUUCCAGAGUCUCUGAUUUGGCAGAUCUUCACCCAGGUGCUGAACGCGUUGUACAUGUGUCACUACGGCACGGCGAUCGAGCCCGUUCAGAACCUGUUCCAAUCGUCGCCGGAGCUGGAACCGAAACCAAUGGACCACCAGGUGAUUAUCCACCGUGAUAUCAAGCCAGACAACAUUUUCCUGCUUUCUGACGGGUAUUCGAUCAAGCUGGGCGAUUUCGGGCUUGCCAAGUGGCUGCAGCACGAAAACGAGUUCGCCAAGACGUACGUGGGCACGCCGUACUACAUGUCGCCGGAGGUGCUCAUGGACAGGCCGUACGACCCGGUGUGCGAUGUUUGGUCGCUCGGGUGUGUGAUGUACGAGCUGUGCUCGCUGCAGCCGCCGUUCCAGGCGAAAACGCACCUGGCGUUGCAGGAGAAGAUCAAGGCCGGCAACUUCGAGCCGAUCCCAGACCACUACUCGCACCGGCUCCAAAUGGUGAUCAAUGCGUGUUUAAUCGUGGACCCUGACGAAAGAGCCACGGUCAACCAGCUGCUACAGGACGCGUCGUUCAAGCUGUUCCGCAAGGAGUGGGAGAUGACCCAAUGGGACAAGAAACUCAAGGAACGUGAGGCAGACAUCGCGCUCAAGGAACGCAAGCUCGUCAAGUUCGAGGACGCUUUGAACGACGAGUGCAAGCAAAUGAACCUCAAGUUCGAGGAGAUUAGAAACGGCUACAAGAAUGAAUUCAACUACAUGCUCGGGCUCCAGAUGAACAAGGUGCUGACAGAGCUAUUUGGCAACCAAAUACCGCCAAACAUCAAGCAGCAGCUCUCCAGCAGAGUCGGCAAAGAAAACUUCCAACAACCUGCAUUCCAAAACCACAAGCUCAAGGGGCCCCGGGAACUGUACGACAGAGCCCAGAAAAGACGUUGA